GGAACAGUGGGAGCGUUUUUCAGACAUGGAGCUCACCAUGGACAACCUGCACAGCGUCUCCACGCACUCCCAAGCGGGAGACCUCAUGAGCUCCCCGCACGCGCGGCCGACGCCGUCCCCUAGCUCCACUCCGCGGAAUCUGGUCUCGCACGCGCCCGUCGCGCGGUCAGCCAUGGUCUCCGGCAUGGCCUCGCUCCUGGAGGGCUCCGGCGGGGACUACAGGACGGACUCGUCCGCGCUGUCCGGACACCUCCACCCGUCCAUCAGCAUGUGCGAGACCGGGAUGAGCCUGAACAACACGUACACCACCCUGACCCCGCUGCAGCACCUACCUCCCAUAUCCACGGUGUCGGAGAAGUUUCACCACCCGCACUCUCACCACCACGCGGCCGCACAUCAGCGCCUCUCGGCCGGAAACGUCAGCGGCAGCUUCACGCUGAUGCGGGACGACCCGCGUGGGCUCGCCUCCAUGAGCAACCUGUACAGUCACUAUCCCAAAGAGAUGUCCGUCUCCGGUAUGGGCCACGGCUCGCUGUCGCCGCUGUCCAGCGGACUGGGCUCCUUGCACAGCUCCCAGCAGCCGCUUUCAGCAUACGGACCGAGCGCGCACCUCUCCACCGACGCCAAGAUGCUCUCUCCGGUGUCCGGGUUUGAAUCCCACGCGUCCAUGUUAUCCCGAAGUGACCAAGAGCAUCUGGCGAGGAGUUUAGGGGGUCACGGCCACGGCAUGAUCUCCAAUCUCAACGGCAUGCACCACCACCCGCACAGUCACCUCCACUCCCAGGCCAACGGGGCGGUGAUGCUCGGGGACCGAGAGAGGCACGUACACGGAGCCGGCCAGGGAGUAGCAGGGUCAGGCAUCCAGGCAGAGGAAAUCAACACAAAGGAAGUGGCUCAGAGGAUAACGGCCGAGUUAAAACGCUACUCCAUCCCGCAGGCCAUAUUCGCCCAGAGGAUCUUGAGCCGGUCACAGGGAACCCUGUCGGACCUUCUGCGGAACCCUAAACCCUGGAGUAAGCUGAAGUCAGGCCGGGAGACCUUCAGGAGGAUGUGGAAAUGGCUGCAGGAGCCCGAGUUUCAGCGGAUGUCGGCUCUCCGAUUGGCCGCAUGUAAACGCAAGGAGGAGGACCGAGGUCAAGAGCGCAACCAGGUGCCAAAGAAACAGCGACUGGUUUUCACCGACCUGCAGCGCCGCACCCUGGUAGCCAUCUUCAGAGAAAACCGCCGGCCCUCAAAAGAGAUGCAGCUCACCAUCUCCCAGCAGCUGGGCCUGGAGCUCUCCACCGUCUCCAACUUCUUCAUGAACUCACGCCGUCGUUGUCCGGACCGUUGGGACACCACUGACGAGCACAGCCACGGGGUACAAGGCCACGGCCACAUGCACAUGCCUCACGGAAACAGCAACAACAAUGCCAACGCCUCACCGAUUCAACCUGGUACCUCCUCCGCAGCCACUUUCUCUAAGGCCUGAGGGUAUCCGGUGCGCUCAUUCCAAAUCGUACACCACCAAUCUUUUUUACUAUCUGCUCAGAGUGCUGGAUGUGCAGGUGAAUCAGAUAUAAACAUGCCUUUUUCUUUUCAUCAGAAUGUUUAAGGUCUCACUUCAAAAAGUAGCUCCUGUAUACCAAAGAACAAGAAGCUUUAUGGGCGUCGACCAUAAUCAACCAAACACGACUUGGAGCAAAUCCAAUAGAAAACCAAAGAAAAUCCAUUUAGAGUAACGUAAGAAACAGACUGAACUUCAGCCUUAGAAGUGGAAUUGUAUUUGCUUUAGGGAUUUGCCUGCUGUCAGGAAGUUUACACCAAAGAAUCACCCAGAACAAGGAACCAAUAGUUUUACGACAGGACAAAACUAAAUAAACCAGAAAUCAUCUUUAUCACUGCAUGCGUGUGCAUGUGUGUAUUGUCCACAUGCACCAGAGGUGUAAAUCCUCUACAGCAUUCAGUCUCUCCACUAAGAGCAACAGUGACACCUGCUGGCCAUUUAAGCCGCAUAUGAACAUGUCCUGACAUGUUUGUGCAGUUACGCAUCAUAUCACAGCGUGCAGCGUAGAUUUUAACUUAGCGUUCAAAUACAUGCAAACAAAACCGUGAACACCAAAUGGACUGAAUGGAAAGACAUAAAAAGUUCAUCCGCAGACCCUUUGAUAUGUAUCUGAAUGUUCAUUUCUAAGACUUCUUUGUACGGCUGCAUGUCUGUAGCUAAACAAGAGGUUAUUUUCAGGUUACAUAAGGAGAACAAUCAAGGGAUGAUGCUCCCCACGUUAGCGAGCGUCAUCCCAGAGCGAUGGAGCGGGAUCCGCUCUGUUCUAGUGGCCAAACACAGAGGUCAAAUGUCACAAUAUAGGAUCCUGAGUGCCAAUGAUGUUUGCCUCUUUAUGAUAAUCAGAGAACAGACGCGACUCGCUCCUUUGCCGUACGUCCCGCCGUGUCCGGCCCGUGUUGGUAACGAUAUUCACACUGCGAACACUACGGGCACGUUGCCUAUUCCAUACCUCAGAAAACAUGUUGAUGUGAUCAAUACGUACUAAAAGACAAUGUAAAUGUAAAUAAUCUUUAAUUUCGCCUCACUAUCUGUCUGUGUUGUCCCUAUCUAUCUUAUUUACUCGGUAUUUAUCAAUUCUCUCUUUAACCUCUUUUGUGUCCUUUAUUUCUCCUUUCUUGAUAACACACUGAUGCGGGUAAAAAUAUAGUACCAUAGACACACGGUUUCUCUCUCAUGACUAUUGUGCUAUGUUGUGCUGAAACCAUAUGUAAAGAAGCACCUUGUUGACAAAAUGUAAAAAAAAUUAAAAGGCUAAACAAAAAGAAGAAGAAGAAGAAGAAGAAU